AUGCCGAAAUCUUUAAAUGAGUCGUUGGCUGAACCCGGCAAUCCUCAGACCGCCAACGACUCAGGUCGCUCUCACGAUGGCGCAAAGAAGGCCGCUGAUGAGUAUACCAAAGACCAAAAGAACCCUCUGGCGAGCGAUCAGCCUAAGCUCAAGGCUGGUAUCACAUUUGCAGCCCAGGACAAGCUUCCGAAAUUGCCAAUACCAGAACUGGAGGGGAGUACAUCAAAGUAUCUUGCCGCACUGAAGCCACUUCAGAGUCCCAGGGAAUACGCCGAAACUCAACAAGCAGUAGAGGAGUUCCUCAAGUCUGAGGGCCCGGAGCUACAGGAGAGACUGAAGAAGUAUGCCACUGGGAAGACGAGCUACAUCGAGCAAUUUUGGUACGAUUCUUACCUCAACUUCGACAACCCUGUCGUCCUGAACUUGAACCCAUUCUUUUUACUCGAGGAUGACCCAACGCCUGCAAGGAACAAUCAAGUCACCCGCGCUGCCUCCUUGGUGGUGUCUGCAUUGUCAUUUGUCCGCGCGGUAAGGAAGGAAGAGCUGCCACCUGAUACUGUCAGGGGACAGCCUCUCUGCAUGUACCAAUACUCGAGAUUGUUUGGAACAGCUCGCGUCCCCACAGAAAAUGGCUGCCAUAUCGGUCAAGAUCCUGAUGCCAAGCACAUUGUUGUACUCUGUCAUGGCCAAUUCUACUGGUUUGACGUUCUUGACGAUAACUCAGAUCUGAUCAUGACAGAGAAAGAUCUGUCGAUAAACCUACAAACUAUCGUUGACGAUGCCCAGCAAACACCAAUCCAGGAAGCAGCCAAAGGUGCUCUCGGUGUUCUCAGCACAGAAAACCGGAAGGUCUGGUCUGGGCUGAGAGAUGUGAUGACCAGAGAUGAGGGGUCUAAUAAUGCCGAUUGUCUUGGAAUAGUAGACUCUGCAUUAUUCAUUCUAUGCUUGGAUUACACCGAACCAGCUUCCGGGGCCGAGCUUUGUGGCAACAUGUUAUGCGGAACCAGUCAAGUCGAGAAGGGUGUUCAAAUCGGGACAUGCACUAAUCGAUGGUACGACAAGUUACAGAUAAUUGUGUGCAAGAACGGCAGUGCAGGUAUCAAUUUCGAGCACACUGGAGUUGACGGUCACACGGUCCUUCGUUUCGCAAGCGACCUCUACACGGAUACCAUUCUUCGGUUUGCUCGCACGAUCAACGGACAGGCUCCAAGCCUUUGGGCAUCGACAAGCCCCGAUCCAUCCAAGCGAGACCCAGACAGCUUCGGUGAUGUCAGCACUACACCCCACAAGUUGGAAUGGGACAUGGUUCCCGAGCUCAGCAUUGCUCUUAGGUUUGCUGAAACCCGCCUUGCCGAUCUCAUUCAGCAAAACGAAUUUGCAACCUUGGAUUUUGCUGCGUACGGCAAGAACUUCAUGACUGGCAUGGGCUUCUCCCCUGAUGCGUUCGUCCAGAUGGCCUUCCAAGCUGCAUACUAUGGUUUGUACGGCCGUGUGGAAUGCACCUAUGAACCAGCAAUGACGAAGGUGUAUCUCCAUGGCCGUACCGAGGCAGUCCGAUCUGUUACUGCCGAGUCGGUUGAUUUCGUGCAAACGUUUUGGGCAGAGAACCCGCCGCAACAGAAAGUUGAUGCUCUCCGAAAAGCAUGUCAACAACACACAGCGAAUACCAGAGAGUGUGCCAAGGCCCAAGGCUGCGAUCGGCAUCUUUACGCACUCUUCAGCGUGUGGCAGAAGGCGCUUGAUGAAGAUGGGGCCGAGGCUGCGAGUAGCACUGGAAUGAGCAGUAAUGGCUACUCGAGCCCUGUCGAUGGUAGCUCUGAUAGGGAUCCUGCUUCAGUCGUUGGUAGCCCAGGUAGGAAUUCCUUGAUGUCCGUCGAUGGAGACGAGGCCCAUUCCGUGCGCUCCAACGGGAAUCGCGUUCGUGGUAACUCCUCGCCAUCGCGGGGGCAGAGCCACAACAUGCCUCUCCUCUUUGCCGACAGUGGAUGGGAUAAAUUGAACAACACUAUCAUCUCAACCUCGAACUGCGGCAAUCCCUCGCUGCGACACUUUGGUUUCGGGCCGACAUCCGGCGAUGGUUUCGGUAUCGGCUACAUCAUCAAGGACGAAGGCAUCAGCAUCUGCGCCAGUAGUAAGCACAGACAAACCAAGCGAUUCGUCGAUGCCCUAGAAAGUUACUUGCUUGAGAUCAGACGAGUGCUACGCCUGACUCAGCGCAGGGGCACAAGCCCCAAAGCAAGCCGCGUCCGUGAGGCCAGCGCAACCAGGCCUAAGCCAGGUAGCAGACUCAAGUCCAGAGGUAGAGUGAUCAAAGCCCACGAACCUGGCAAGAGGACGCCAGGAACCAUGACACCGGCGGACGAGAGUGCAACUGUGAGCGACGAUGAGGGUUUGGGAGGAUAUGGGUUCUUUGACGCAGGAAUGUUGCUUCAAGCUUUGAAAGCUCGGGGCGAGGGCUUAGAUGAUGGUUCUACUAAACCAUCUGAGCGGGCAACGGUCAACGCGAGAAGGAGGGAGAUUGGAAAGAAACUCAGACUGAGCGAGUACUGA